AUGGAGUUUCCUGCAGGACGAGAGGGCGAGGCCCCUCCACAAUUUGUGAAGCCUUUCCCUUUGACGGCACUGCCGAACGUGGCUCGUGCCGGUCCCUCCCCGUGGAUCAAUGGUCACCAGAUGUGUGGUUUGUCAGCAGCAACGAAGCCUUCCUGGGUGCCGGCAGUAGAGCCUUCCCCGCCUCGCGAUCGGCAACCGUCGGCAGGCGCUGCCUUGCCGAGGCGCAAGGACUCAUAUGGACAGGGAGAAAAGGCCCUGAUGUGCGAUCCUGUACAGAAACAGGAGCAGUCCCAGUCUGUAUGCUCACGUGCGUUUCGAGAACAGAAUAUGGAGGAGGACGCAUACUGGCCCUUGCCAUGCGCCGCCGGUACUCCUCCUCUGUCGGCUCGGUCUGAGGAAGUGGCUACCGACAACAAGGCAGACUCUAAUGUUGCUUGCGACAGUGUUGUUAACCCCGUGGACAGGGGUGAGAGUAAGAGUGGCAGAGACACUGUGAGCAUGAGCACGAUGUCAAACAGACCGUUUUACCCCGGUCCCGGAGUGGGAACUCACACCACUAAUCAAGUGUACCCCACCUGUUACACUGCUGCCCCCGCUGAGCAUUCAUCUAACACUGCGGGGCAGCACAAUGAAGCUGUCAGGAGUACUGCUGUGCCGUUCCCGUAUGCGCCUCCGCUCUGUCGUUCCCAGCCUGCUGUCGCCAAGACCUCCUUUAGAGCAAACGAUGUCCCUGCGUCUUCUGGCUUUCCUGGCGCGGAUCGUCGGAGGAGUUCCAUGAGCAGCCAAAAGAUAACUGGCAUGCUGCAGAGCGUUCGCAGGGCGUCAAGCACGCUUGUGCAGACGCUGACUGGAAGGCGCGAAUCGCUGAAGCCGUCUCAGGCUGCCGCUUGUGGGAACGAGCCUCAUCCAGGCUCCACUCGGAGGAGGAGCCGAGUGAGUGAAGCCGGGAGAGCAGAGUCUCGCGUUUCAUUUCCGCAUACCGCGUCUUCUCAAGCCAGCGGCGGAAGCAGCGAUCCGACAGAAGGAUGGGGUUUCGCUGAUUCAUCGGGAUCUCCGAAAGCCGUAUUUUUCAGGGGCUCGCUCCUGUCCAGAGCUCGUGCCAAAGGAAGCUCCACGGGAGAUGGGCGGCACUCGAGGGCAUCUUUUGAGGAGCCUGAGGAGUACUCCAUUUACUUUGGCGGGCACAACGAUUCAGUUGUGCAGCCGUUGCAGACACUUGAGAUUUUCGGAGAGGCCAGCAGAAAGGCAGAGGAAAUCCGGGCACAGAGGCACUCCGACGACGGACGCCAGGAGGGGGAUAGGGCGGGUUUGCGAUCGAUUUUGAUUACCCGAAGCUCGCAGACCGGCACGCACGGUUCCAGCAGCGCCAGGCCGUCAAGUCGAUCGAUGCAGAAUCGUGUCCGGUUUACUGAAAUUAAUGAACUACGGGAAUACAAUCCUCACGAGACGUUUCAGAAACGCGGGACGCGCGCAAUAUCCGAACACCCGUUGCUCGCAUCGCUGCGUCAUUUUCUCUUCCGCGUACAGAGCGAUAAACGCAGCAUCACGGAACUGGCAGAAAAAGUGGAUUUUAUGUCCGAGAGGACUUCUGCGGUAUCUACAGUCAUUGAUGCUUGUGUGCAUUCCAUUGAGGACGACGCAAAGCGAGAGAGGGUCACCCCACCAAGGGAGUCCGUGCAGGAAUCAACAACGCGACUCGAAGACGCUCACAAGCAAUUCCAGGCGGACCUACAUCAAGAGCAAAGGAAGACCAAACUUAUUUUCUACGGCGGCUCUGCGGCGUUGCUCCUCCUCUUUGUCGCCUGUUUGUCCCUGCUCGGCAUUUACAUCGCCGAUAAGAGAUCCCUCGAGAACGGCCCCUGUGACUUGACGGAGUGGACCGAGUGGUCUGCGUGCCUGGCUCUCUGUGGGCCAGGGACCUCGUUUCGGAGUCGGUCUGCGCGACGAGCAAGUAGCGCCGAGUGCCCCGCUCUCUUGGAAGCGCGUGAAUGCACGGGUCCUUGCAGUUACUUCGUCGUCGCCGCCAGCACGCCAGAUCCGCUGCCAAGACAAGCGGUAGAAAGGUUUAAGGAAUGCUCCCCAAGCCUCGGCCCCGUGCUUCGAAACGCAGUGCCAGGAACGAAUUCGAACGCGAGGGUGACAUCAGCUGCAGUGGACUAUUCCACAGGUCACCGAGUUUGGAACGUUCAGCUAAACUUUUGGCCAGUCCCAGGGACAGCUGCAUACUCCUUCGCCGCGAACGCAGCAGUCGACCCGAACAGGGUUGUCAGAAAUCUGGAGGAAGCGCUGGCUGACCCUUCGACGCCGGCUUCCAAGGCUUUUGAAAGCUGCUUGCCGACACCCGGAGUUUACAGCGUCACUUUCGCCAAAGCUUCGUCUGCCGUCGAGCUGGCGGAGCCUCACACAACGUGUGAUGUCUGGCCGCAGCCCUCAGGAGUUGCUGUGUUGGCGUGCAGACAGGCUCUCGCUGCGUGCCAGUGUUUGAGUCUCGUCCUUGUGCCUCCGAAGCCGAGUGCUCUUCUCGAGAUUGAAGACCCUGACGUGAUUCAAGAUAGUGGCUUCUCGAUUGAGCGUUCUGAGUGGCGCCUAUCCGCGUUGCUAGGUCUCGGCAUGAACAGCACCGAAGCCAAAGCGCGAAUCGACAACGCGCUAAGCAACGCACGAUCGCCUCUCUUUCUCGCGCUUGCCUCUUGCAGAACCGACUAA